AUGCCUUUUCUUUCGGUCUGUACCGCCUUGUAUGAUUAUGAGCCUCAGAGCGAGGGAGAACUGUCGCUAAAGGAAGGGGAGUUGGUGUACAUACUUGAAAAAGGCGAGGAAGAUGACUGGUGGAAGGGAAAGAAACGAGCUAGCAACGAGGACGAGGAGGAACCAGAAGGCCUAAUUCCGAAUAAUUAUGUGGAAGAUGCGCAACCGACACACCACGCAAAGGCACUGUAUGAAUAUAGUCGUCAGACAGAUGAAGAGCUUUCUUUUGACGAAGAUGCCACCUUGGUGGUGUUUGAUAACAUGACUGAUCCUGAAUGGACUUUGGUGGGCCACGAUGGCGAGUACGGAUUCGUACCAGCAAACUACAUCGAGAUUACGGGCAAGACCGACAGAAAGCCGCAAGCAAUUCUCCAAUCCCAGCCAGACCCCUCCCAAGAGCAGCCUAGUCCAGUGCAUGAAUCCCACUCGAGUUCUCCAAAGGGCUCAUCCAGUGGACCAGCAGCGGCCAUUGCCGGUAUCAUGCACAAAAAAGCACCCUCGAUCGAGUCGAGUGCGACUCCUUCGCUACCUCCUCGACAGCUACAGCUUACACCGGAGGUCUCAGAUGAAGAGCCGAUGCCCCCGUCCUUGCCUCGAAGACCCCCUUCAGAGCAGCUGUCGCCUCCUCCCACACAGGUAGCUUCACCUAAAGCUCCAGCUAGUCCUGGUAUAGCUGAAUCGCCUCCAUACAGCCGCGCUAUUCACCCCACUCGAGAUGACGAUCGCGUGCAAACCAGCAUAGGCGGUUUUCACUUAUACAAUAUUAGCGAAAUGGUCUCAGCUAUGGGAAAGCAGAAAAAGCUACCCACAACACUUGGCGUAAACAUAGCCACUGGAAAGAUCAUGAUAGCACCUGAAAAGUCACGAGAUGGUCCGACUAUGGAAUGGACGGCUGAGAAACUUACGCACUACUCAAUAGAGGGGAAGCAUGUUUUUCUCGAACUUGUGCGGCCAAGUAAAAGCAUCGAUUUUCACGCUGGAGCUAAAGACACUGCACAAGAAAUAGUGGCUGGAUUGGGGGAAAUCGCAGGUGCUGCGAGGGCAGAAGGUUUGAGGGAAGUCCUCGAAGCGGCCGGUUCAAUACAGAAAAAAGGUGCAAUCUUGUAUGAUUUUAUGGCUCAAGGAGAUGAUGAGGUCACAGUAGCCAUUGGUGACGAAGUACUUAUCAUCGACGAUACUAAGAGCGAAGAGUGGUGGAUGGUCCGGAGAAUCAAGAAUAGCAAACAAGGAGUAGUGCCCAGCAGCUAUGUUGAGGUAACCGCCACUGGGACGCCUACUCCAACCACAUCUGGACUGAACGCUGGCAAAUCAGUAGUCGAACAGAACCGAAUGGAGGAAGAAAGGCUGACCAAAGAAGCAAUGAAGUCAAGUGCGAAGGGCUCUGAGGUAGGCCCAGGCGUAAAGCUUCCCGAUAGGGGCAGCAGCUUGAGCAGUACCGUUAACCAAGCUUCACAGCGAAGCAAGAAAGAGGGAAAGCACGGCCGCACGUCUUCAUCUUCCAAAUCCAAGCCUGACGCUUCAAAACUCAGGACUUGGACGGACAGAUCUGAUCAUUUCAAGGUGGAAGCUCAGUUUCUUGGCCUCAGAGACAGCAAGAUCCAUCUGCAUAAGUUGAAUGGUGUCAAAAUUGCUGUACCUGUCGCAAAAAUGGCCCUGGCAGACCUCGAAUACGUCGAAUCAGUCACAGGCCAAUCUUUAGAUGAUGACAAGCCUCUUUCCAACAUCAAACGACGUAGUAAUCAGACAUCUAAUGCUGGAGCUGGCGUUGCCAAACCUGGAGCAUCUGUUGAACGGCCGAGACCCACCCCAAAGGAAAAUGAAUAUGAUUGGUUUGACUUUUUCCUUAGAGCUAGUGUGGAGUACAAUGCAUGCGAAAGAUAUGCGUAUAAUUUCAGGAAAGACUCAAUGGAUGAGGGAAUCUUACCCGAAAUCAAUAGUGAAGCGCUUCGAAGGCUUGGUUUGAAGGAGGGUGAUUGUUUACGUGUGAUGAAAUAUCUGGACGCUCAAUAUGGGCGCAACGGUCAGUCCGAAGUCCUUUUCGAUAUGAACCUGAUAUUGAUGCGUUCAGCAGAUCGUGGUGCGUCUCCAGAUCCAAGCGGUGGAGGUCUCUUUUCCGGUCCAGGGGGUGCUCUGAGGAACAACACUCGAAAAGGUCGGCCUGCGCCCGCAGUAGAGGUCAAGGACGUUGUAGAUGAAAGCGUUUUCAAGCCCAAAACAAACGGUAAUACUGCUCGAGGCGGAUCUGAUUCUGUGCCAACACCUCUUACGCAAGCCCCACCACCGCCGGAGAAGGAUCGGAGAGGCUUCGAUAAUGAUGCCUGGGAUGUCAAGCCAUCGAGGCAACCAGCACCGGCUCAGGCCAACUCACAGCCAGUAUCAAAGCCAGAGCGCGCUGCAAGCGUCUCUGCUCAGCAGAGUGCACUCAGUGGCUCCCUGCUAGAUCUUUCUUCGCUGUCUCCGCCUCUACAGCCAACAAUUGCUCCCCAGCCUCCGUCACAGCAAACGAGUCAGCAAGCGCAAUUACAAAAGCCUCUCCCUCGAGAACCCGAACAGCAACCUCAAUCGUUACAGGAUCAGCAGCAGACCCAACCUACUGGUGCAAAUGCGCAAUUUUUUUCCCAGCUAGGGCCUGCUCCGGGGGACAAUCAAUUUCAGUCGAAGGAUACAGCCCAGCCUUCCCAGGCUUUCAGCCAGCAGCAGCUGCAGCAGAUUCAAGGGCUGCAGCAGCCACAGCAAACUGGACCAGCGCGGCAACGUCCUCAAGCACCUCAAAUUGGACAACAAAACUCUCUAAUACCACCGCCACCUUUGAGACCUCUGUCGGCGCCUCAGACCCAACCGCAAAGCAAUUCCUUCGGCCCCCCGCCGUUGCAGCCGCAGUUGACUGGCUUCCAGCUGCAAACACAGCCAGCGCCCUUAGGUCAGAGCCUCAACGAACUAGGCCAGCAAAGGUUUCAGCAACAGCAGCAAUUUGGUCAGCAGGCUCAGCAAUAUGGCCAGCAGACCAUACAACCCCAACAGACCGGUUUCAUUCCUCAGCAGCAGAAUUAUGGAAUACAGAAUGGAUCUCUCAUUCCUCAGGUCACAGGCUUUGGGCAGAACCCUUACGUUAAUGGCCAGCAAGCUGGUAGUCCUUUCGCUGAUCCUCGAUUAUUACAACAACCAACCGGGUUCCAAGCGCUUCAGCAACAGAGUACAAGCUAUCAGCCCCAAUUCCAGUCUACAUUACAACCGCAGCCUACGGGCAUCAACUCAAUGCUACCUGCAGCCCUCCAGCCACAGCCUACUGGCGUGAAUGGAUUCUCAAGAUCCGCCUUUGGCCAGUCGCCACCGCCAGUUCCCCCAAUACCUGCAAUGGUGCCACAACAAACCCAGCCUCAUCUUGCGCCAUUGCAACCUCAAAAGACCGGACCAGCUCCACCAGUAAGAUUUGGCACGCAGCCGGCCAACAAAUUAGUACCCCAGGCGACGGGGAGAAAGGCAAAUCUCAAUAAUGCCAUUUCUCCAGGAGCUGGCUUCCCGGAUCACGCUCACAGGGGCCAAGAGACGAUUACGUACAUUCUGAGAGGCGCUGUGGAUCAUGAAGAUUUUGCUGGUAAUAAAGGAACGAUCGAAGCAGGAGACCUCCAAUUUAUGACGGCAGGAAAGGGCAUCGUGCACGCUGAGAUGCCAAGACAAAACAAAGAUGGCAGUCCCAACGUUGGAAUGCAGCUAUGGGUCGAUCUGCCACAGAAACUCAAGGCUUGCGAACCACGGUAUCGAGAUCUACGAGCUAGAGAGAUACCGACUAUCAAUGUCGACGAUGGAAAGGUGACAGCAAAGAUCAUUAGCGGAAGUUCUCAUGGGACCGAGAGCGUUCAAGAGCUUGCGUACACGCCUGUCUGGCUCUUUGACAUCUCCAUCAAGCCAGGUGGAAAGCUGGAGCAAGAGUUGCCGGUAGGCUGGAAUGCCUUUGCCUAUACCUUGAGUGGCUCUACAACUUUUGGAGUUGGCAAAGACUCAACGACCGUCGGUCAAUAUCACAAUGUUGUGUUCGAGCAGAAGGGCGACAGUGUGCACGCUGCGGUCAGUGAAGAUGCACAGGAGAGCGGAAAUUUCAUACUCGUGGCAGGUUUGCCUUUGGAUCAGAAAGUCGUGCAGUAUGGUCCAUUCGUGCUAAACAGUCAAGAGCAAGUCAUUCAAGCGAUGAUGGACUUCCAGAAUCAUGAGAAUGGGUUUGAAAGAGCUAAAGAUUGGAGGUCUGAAAUAGGAAAGGGUAUGGUUCAUUAG